GAAGACUAUGAUCAUCUCUACAAGCUAGUACUUGUUGGAGACGCGACGGUCGGGAAGACCCACAUAUUGUCGCGAUACAUCAAAGGCACGUUGCCCAAAGCGCCAACGGCCACGAUCGGUGUGGAGUUUGCGACACGGACGGUCAGUCUGGAUGCAGGCUGCGCAGUGAAAGCCCAGAUCUGGGACACAGCUGGACAAGAGAGGUACCGCGCGAUCACGAGCGCUCACUACAGACGAGCGGUCGGCGCACUGCUCGUGUACGACAUCACGAAACCAGCGACGUUCAAAAGCUGUGAGCGAUGGAUGGAAGAGCUGCGCUCCAACGCCGAGCCAGACAUCGUGAUCAUGCUGGUUGGGAACAAGGUAGACCUGGCAGAAAAGAAUCCAGGCGACCGCCAGGUCGAUUUCGACGCAGCUGCAGACUUUGCAUCGCAGCAGGGGCUCCUCUUCGAAGAGGCUUCAACUGAGCUUGUGAUUGCAUGUGAGCUGGGCAUCUGUAAAACGAUAGGGGGCACCCUGAAGACGAUUUCCUAA